UCCACAUUCAGCCCUCCACACCACAUUUCUUUCCACAAAAUACCGUGUUUCAAAUGCCUAGCAAAAAGGGAAAGUCCAAGUCCAACGCAAAGGCGAACGCUGCUGCAAAUUCCAACUCCACGCAGCGCGCUCCCAACCUUCCGAAUGGUGCUCCCACUGUCCCGGACGAGGCAGCUCCUCAGGCGCCGCCCGCCGACGAGACGAUCGAGCCCAAACCACUGCAGGAAGGAGAAGAACAGACGCAAGAGCAAAAUCAUGAACAUAAGGAUGAGGAGCCCUCUGGACCAUCUCGGGGGGAAGAGCAGGAAGAGCAGGACGAUGUGCCGGUGGAUGAGCGGAUAAGAAUUCUUGAGGACGAUCUGGAAACGAUGAGGCAAGAAAAGGAGGCAUUGGGAAAUCAGUACAGAAGUCUACUUGGGAAAUUAACGGCGAUGAGGACGACGCUUGGAGAUAAGCUUAAAGAGGAUGCCGAGGAGCUUGAUCGACGAGAGACGCAGAUCAACAAUCUCGUUACUGAGAAUAGCGAGCUUCACGAAACUGUCAACACACUCAAAUCCGAGCUGUCAUCCCUCUCCCAGGAAUCUUCACACCUUUCUGCUCAGCUGGCUCAACUUCGCUCUCAGAGCGACUCUUCUUCAUCAGACGUGCUCUCUCUCACACGUGAAAUGAGAGAAUUGCGAGGUGAAAUGGAGAGAUUGAGAUUGGAGAGGGAAGAAUGGGAAGUAGAAGCUGGGAGGGAAAGAGAGCGUAGGGAGACAUUAGAGGACGACUUGAGGGUAUUCGAGAGAAGGGAACAAGAUAUGUGCAGUGCUUUGGAAAAACUCGCCGAAGAAAGGGAUAAGGAGAAGGAGAGGGGAGAUAAUUUGCAAGAGGUGCUCAGCGAGUUUCAAGCGGCGAAAGAUUCAGAAAUACAACGGGCAACUGUUGAACUUGAAACGCAGCUCCGCACAGCAGCAGAAUCCCUUUCAGAAUUCAAGCUCCGUGCUGCCAAUGCCGAAACUCGAUUGUCCGAGGUUUCUUCUGAUGCUAGCAAGUCCUCCGCUCUCGAAAAGGAACUGAAGGACAAGAAUCAGAUUAUUGGAAAACUACGACAUGAUACUGUGGUGAGCAAUGAGCAUCUGAAAGAGGCGUUGAGAAGGUUACGGAAGAACCAAUCUGAUAACAAUGUUGACCGGCGCUUGGUGACAAAUAUCCUCCUCUCAUUCCUUAUGACAUCUCGGGGUGACCCUAAGCGUUUCGAAAUGCUAUCUUUACUGGCCACCAUCCUUUCAUGGGACGAUGCCGAGCGUGAAAAAGCUGGGUUGCAACGUCAAGCUGCCGCUGGAGGAGGAAGUAAAGGAAAGGCGAGCGCGAGCAAGGGCAAAGAAACUGAAAAAAGUGCCGAAGAAGAGGCUGCAAUGAACGAAUCUUUCAGCAACUUGUUUGUCGAGUUCCUUCUCAAAGAAGCUUCUCAAGGCCAACCGUCUCAGACUGGUACAUCAGAUCACCAGCCCCACCGAACACUAUCAUCCCUUUCCCUCGAUUCGCCUCCUAUAUUCUCACCUCCUCGUGGUCCUGCAGCCGGUUCCAUGACAUUUUCACCCCCCGCCUCUUCGCCUAGACAAAGACCUCGAGAAAUGUCAAGCAGUUCAUCCGUAUCGGAAUGGCCCAUGAUGAUGGGCGGGAGAAAGGGGAGUUAUGCAUUAAAAGAUGUGAUGGAAGGGCAAGGGCAAACAUAUAAUCCUUAGGUCUUGAAUCAGAUUUGAUUUCUGUAUGAUGCACUUGCCAUGAAUGAUGAAUGAUGUCCGUACAUAGAUGCUGUACUAUUACGAAUGCAUAAACAACACAUCCGCCCGGUUUGCAUGCAUACAUAAGUAC